AAAAGAACCUAAAGGCUAAAACCUCCCCUGUUCUGAUUCGCUUCCCCCUCUCUUUCUCUCGAAAAUAAAGAAAUAAAAAAAAAAAUAUUGAGAGAUGGAUUUUCAAGUUGUCGUCCUUGCCGGUGGCACCUGUAAAAAAUUACUUCCUCUUGUCUCCAAGGAUGUGCCAAAAGCUUUGCUUCCGGUCGCGAACCGACCGGUUCUUUCUUACGUGUUGGAGCAGUUGGAACUCAGUAAUCUUAAGGAUCUUAUAGUUGUUGUUGAAGGGGAAGAUGCAGCUCUUCACGUUGGUGGUUGGAUAUCAAAUGCUUAUGUUGAUCGUUUACAUGUCGAGGUUGCUGCAGUUCCAGAGGAUGUUGGAACAGCUGGUGCUCUUCGGGCCAUUGCUCACCACUUGACUGCAAAUGACAUUUUGGUUGUGAGUGGAGAUCUUGUUUCUGACAUUCCUCCUGGUGCACUUGCAGCCGUUCAUAGACAGCACGAUGCAGUGGUGACGACAAUGCUUUGCUCUGCUCCUGUCAGUGGACCUACAGAGUCUGGAUCUUCAGGUGGAAAAGAUAAAAUCAAGAAACCAAGACGCCACAACAUCAUUGGCUUGGACCCCUCAAAACAGUUUUUAUUACACAUAGCAACAGGAGCUGAAGUUGAGAAAGAAAUUCGAAUCCAGAAAAGCAUUCUUCGUGCAGUGGAUCAGAUGGAAAUACGAGCUGAUCUCAUGGAUGCUCAUAUGUAUGCAUUCAAGAGGUCUGUUUUGCAAGAAGUUUUGGAUGAAAAGGAUAAAUUUCGAAGCUUAAAAGAGGAUAUGCUGCCUUAUCUUGUUCGGAGUCAGAUGAAAUCAGAGGUAUUAUUGAAUGGUGCACCACAAGCAAAAAAUGGAAAUGAGAAGGUUAGUUCCCAAAACAACCAAGCAGUGGUAUCUCGGAUCUUGAUUAAUGCAUCUACUCCGAGCUUCCAUGAUCUUUAUGCUUCGAGUAACAACGAUUCUUCUCUGGUUCGAAGAAUCCAUAAAUGCUGUGCUUAUAUUGCCAGCGAGAGCAGAUACUGUCAGCGCUUAAAUUCUAUUCAAGCAUUCAGUGAUAUAAAUCGAGAUGUGAUAGGUGAUGCCAGUCAUCUGUCAGGCUAUUCCUUCUCUGCUCAUAACAACAUCAUACAUCCUUCUGCACAGCUUGGAUCAAGAACUACUGUGGGGCCUCAUUGUAUGCUAUGGGAAGGUUCACAAAUGGGUGACAAGUGUAGUGUCAAGCGAUCUGUCAUUGGCCGUCACUGCCGGAUAGGUUCCAAUGUGAAGGUUGUUAAUUCAGUCAUCAUGAACCAUGUCACCAUUGGAGAUGGUUGUUCAAUCCAAGGUUCUGUGAUAUGUAGCAAUGCACAGCUCCAAGAGCGAGCUGUGUUGAAAGACUGCCAGGUUGGAGCAGGUUUUGUGGUUGCCACAGGCAGUGAGCACAAGGGAGAGUCUUUGGCUAGAAAAUAAAAGUAAAGAAGAAAAACCCUUGCUUGGAAGAGAAUGCCAAUGCGAAGGAGUCUUCUGAAUCGUGCAGUGUGCUAAUCUUAGGUCAGAGGAAAAUUUUGGUGAUUGCUGCCAUCGAGUAGAGCAGGUGAUAUACCUCUGGCAAGCAAAAAGAAUAUUUGGCAAGUAAAGAGAAAUACCAAUCUUAAUGAGUGUACUAUUCAGCUUCAAUCAUUUGUUUGUUUGUUCUUACAGUUUUCUUUUUAUAUGGUCAGAGUUGCUUGUAUCCGAUAGAAUCGAUCCUAUAUAUUUUUAACGACUCGGGAAAAAAUAGAUUAGCGCCAAUUUUUUCAUAUCAUUGUAAAAGAUGUUCAAAGUUCUUGGCUGCUGGAUCACGCAUUUAUCAAUUCCGGUUGUCUCCA